GUUUAUGACAGCUAAUUAAAGGUAGUAAUAGAGCAAGCCUGCUACUCAGUUAAUGACUGGAGCCACCAAAUUGUUUCAUUUUAGUUACUGCCACAAAGCACACCACAUCGAUAUGAAGAUCUACCAGGACAUUUGGCCUAUAUCCAAGCCCUCGCAGAUCUUUGCUAUACUACCAUUCUAUAGCGGAGACGUCGAGGAUGGCUUUCGCUUCGGAGGAUUGCGUCGCUGGUACGGACGUCUAGUGGCCCUGCUUAUACUGAUCGGCUCACUGACAUUCGGCGAAGAUGUGCUCUUCGCCUCCAAGGAGUACAGAUUGGUGGCUAGUGCCCAGGGUGAUACCGAGGAGAUCAACAGGACCAUCGAGACGCUUUUGUGCAUCAUCAGCUAUACAAUGGUGGUAUUAUCGAGUGUACAGAAUGCAUCCAAACACUUUCGCACUCUUCACGACAUUGCCAAAAUCGAUGAGUAUCUGCUGGCCAAUGGAUUCCGGGAAACCUACAGUUGUCGCAAUCUGGCCAUUCUGGUCACCUCUGCAGCAGCAGGUGUCCUCGCUGAGGCCUUCUACUAUAUUCACUAUCGUAGUGGCAUUGGCGGCAAAAGGCAAAUCAUCCUGCUCCUGAUCUACUUCCUCCAACUGCUCUACUCCACUCUGCUGGCCUUAUAUCUGAGGACGCUCAUGAUGAAUUUGGCACAAAGAGUUGGAUUUCUUAACCAGAAACUGGAUACGUUUAAUCUUCAGGAUUCUGGCCACAUGGAAAACUGGCGUGAGUUGAGCACGCUUAUAGAGAUCCUUUGCAAAUUCCGCUACAUCACCGAGAAUAUUAACUGCGUGGCCGGAGUUUCGUUGCUAUUCUACUUCGGCUUCUCCUUCUACACGGUCACAAAUCAGAGUUACUUGGCCUUUGCUACAUUGACAGCCGGCUCAUUGAGUUCCAAAAUAGAAGUGGCUGAUACCAUUGGACUAUCAUGUAUCUGGGUUUUGGCUGAAACCAUCACAAUGAUUGUGAUUUGCAGCGCAUGUGACGGCCUGGCAUCCGAGGUGAAUGGCACGGCACAGAUCCUGGCGAGAAUUUACGGCAAGAGCAAGCAGUUCCAGAACCUCAUCGACAAGUUCCUAACGAAGAGCAUCAAACAGGAUCUUCAGUUCACCGCCUACGGAUUCUUCUCCAUUGACAACUCAACACUCUUCAAGAUCUUCUCGGCUGUUACGACCUAUCUGGUGAUUCUCAUUCAGUUCAAGCAGUUGGAGGACUCCAAGGUGGAAGACAUUAGUCAGGAAGACAUUAGUCAGGCUUAAGAGCAAGUUUAGCUA